AUGCGCUCGUCGGCGUCCGGAAGUCGGAGUGGUGCGGUGAGGGGACGGCGGCCGCUUAUAUGCGCUCCCCGGCGGCAGCGGCCAGGUGGCGCGGGUAGGCUGCGCACGUGCGCCGUGCCCAAUCGGGGGGCGCGGGCCGGCCAAUGGGGCGCGGCGCGGGGCGGCGGCACCUGCGCCUCCGCACCAGGCCGCCGCGCAGCCUCUCAGUGCAAUAUGCCCAGCUACAGCGCCGCUCCAGCUCAGCCUCUCAGGCGACGGUCCAAUUUUUUGCGCAACAGCCGGGGU